CAAGGGGGGGGGGGGUUGCAUCUGCACUGGGGAAGAGAACAGGGAGGAUUUUUGGGGUUGCAGCUGGAGAGAAAAGCCUCGCAGCGGCUGCAGCCGGAUCCCGGGAAGCUUUACUCUCGACAGCAGGUGUAGAGGAGACAGCUGGGGAAUUCCAGGGGUUCUCUUUGGAAAUUGCCAUGCAUGAAGAAGCCAUAGGAAACCUGGGAGAUGGAGAUGGACCACAGCGGCAGGAGGGAAGCCAUGCAGCCAGGAAUGAGGAGGAUGAGGAAUUGCAUCCUCCAUCACCAGAUAAAGUCAAGAACGAAGGCUUGAGAGGAAGCUUCCGGAAUCAAAGCAGAUCUAAGAGUCAGAAAAGAAGCCAUGUGGUCAAGAAGAAGGAUAAACCCAUUCCUUGCCAAGGGGGGGAUUUGCAAGAAGCCAUUUUCAUAGUGAGGGAAAGAAACAAAUGCUUGGUGUGUGGAGUGGACUUCUCAGAUAAAUCCAAAUAUAAUGACCACUUACAAAUGCACGGUGGGAACGAGACCCAUCAAUGGCUGGAGUGUGGAAAGACCGUGAUUCACAGAGCAGAGCUCCUUAGAGAUCUAAGGACAUCUAUAGGAGAGAAACUUUGUAACUGCUCAAACUGUGGGAAGAACUUCUCAGAUAAAUCAGAUCUUGUUCAACACCAAAGGAUUCACUCAGGAGAGAAACUAUUUAUUUGCUCAGAGACUGGAAUGGCGACCUCUAAGGGAGGAGAAGAUAAUGUGAAUUUUCUAAGGCAGAGUAUAAUGAAGGCAUGGAAAUGCUUUCGCUGCAGAAAGUACUUCAGACACAGAUCACAGCUCCUUGUGCACCAAAGAGCUCACAGAUGGGAGAAGCCUUUUGAAUGCUCAGAGUGUGGAAAGAGAUUUAGUCACAGUAGCCAUUUUCAAACUCAUUUGAGGACCCACACAGGGGAGAAGCCUUUUGAAUGUUCCGAAUGUGGGAAGAGAUUUAGUCACAGUAGCCAUUUUCAAACUCAUUUGAGAACCCACACAGGGGAGAAGCCUUUUGAAUGCUCAGAGUGUGGGAAGAGAUUCAGUCUGAAUGGCAUUCUUCAAAAACAUCUAAGAACUCACACAGGGGAGAAGCCUUUUGAAUGUACAGAAUGUGGAAAGAGAUUCAGCCAGAGUGGCAAUCUUAAAGAACAUCUAAGAACCCACACAGGAGAGAAGCCUUUGGAAUGUUCAGAGUGUGGGAAAAGAUUCAGUCACAGUAGCCGUUUUGAAACUCAUUUCAGAAGCCACACAGGGGAGAAGCCUUUUGAAUGCUCAGAGUGUGGGAAGAGAUUCAGUCAGAAUGGCACUCUUCAAAGUCAUCUAAGAAUCCAUACAGGGAAGAAGCCUUUUGAAUGUUCAGAAUGUGGGAAGAGAUUCAGUCACAGUGGCCAUUUUCAAACUCAUUUGAGAACCCACACAGGGGAGAAGCCUUUUGAAUGCUCAGAGUGUGGGAAGAGAUUCAGUCAGAAUGGCAGUCUUCAAAGUCAUCUGAGAACCCACACAGGGAAGAAGCCUUUCCAGUGUUCAGAAUGUGGGAAGAGAUUUAGGCACAGUAGCACGCUCCAGGAACAUCUAAGAACCCACACAGGGGAAAAGCCUUUUCAAUGCUCAGAGUGUGGGAAGAGAUUCAAUCAGAGUGGAUGUCUUCAUAAACAUCUAAGAACCCACACAGGGGAGAAGCCUUUUGAGUGCUCAGAGUGUGGGAAGAGAUUCAGUCUGAAUGGCAUUCUUCAGAAACAUCUAAGAACCCACACAGGGGAAAAGCCUUUUGAAUGUUCAGAAUGUGGGAAGAGAUUCAGCCAGAAUGGCAAUCUUCAAAGUCAUCUAAGGACCCACACAGGGGACAAGCCUUUUGAAUGCUCAGAGUGUGGGAAGAGAUUCAGUCACAGUAGCCGUUUUGAAACUCAUUUGAGAACCCACACAGGGGAGAAGCCUUUUGAAUGCUCAGAGUGUGGGAAGAGAUUCACUCAGAAUGGCAUUCUUCGAAAACAUCUAAGAACUCACACAGGGGAGAAGCCUUUUGAAUGUUCAGAAUGUGGGAAGGGAUUCAGUCAGAAUGGCACUCUUCAAAAACAUCUAAGAACUCAUACAGGGGAGAAGCCUUUUGAAUGUUCAGAAUGUGGGAAGAGAUUCAGCCAGAAUGGCAAUCUUCAAAGUCAUCUAAGGACCCACACAGGGGACAAGCCUUUUGAAUGCUCAAAGUGUGGGAAGAGAUUUAGUCAGAAUGGCACUCUUCAAAAACAUCUGAGAACCCACACAGGGGGAGAAACGUUUUGAAUGCUCAGAGCAUGGGAAGAGAUUUAGUUGGAGUGGCACUCUUCAGAAGCACCAAAAACCCUAUACAGGGGACAAGACAUCUGAAUGCUGAGAGUGUAGAAGGAGAUUCCAUCGUUAUGGCCAUCUUUGCAGCACAGGACUCUUUCCCUUACUCCAUUUUUAAAAACUGUCCUUCUAACAAGGGGGCAGUUCCUCCCCUCUGUGCUCUCUCAUGCAAUGCUGCGAAGUUCAGCUCCUCACAGAACUUAAAAGAGAUUUACGAUCUUAUGUCACCCUGACUUGCUUAGUGUUGAUUAAAAAGCCUCCCCUUUUUGCUUCAGAGUCUGCUUUUGAGACAUUCCUGUAACUUUUGAGUAUAAUAAACCCUAUUUCCUCCAGAUAUUUUUUAACCAAGAGAAUAGCUGGAAGUUUUGCUGCUCCUCUGCCACUGGUAUCUCUCACUGCCUUGCUCAAGACUCCUCAGUUCUCUCAAGGCUCACACUUCUUCUAUGAAUGUUGACCAUUUGUAUGUGGUUACCUUAGAGAAAGCUACCCCAUAUUCUGAGCACUGCUCAGUGCCAUUGCAACAAAGAUUCUGUACAUCGGCUUUUCAGAAAUGAUGGAGGUUCUGGUGCUUUAUUUCUCUCUAUUUUAAUCUCUAUUUCUCUAUAUUUUAAUUUUCUAUAUUUUAUUUCUUCACUAUGUUUUAAUGUAUUUUUCUUUUAAUGGCAAACUAUAUUUUGGUUACAUGUUAAAAGGUAAAUUAGUUGGAUGGUAAAAACUUCUGAGAAAGGAAUGCCCUCAAUUUGACCCAGGCUUGCUUAUAACAAUAAAGUGAUUAACAGACA